AUAAUUGAUCAAACUCUCAUAUGAUAAUUAUGUCAAAAUAGAAUAUCUUAUACCCAACAUUAAUUUCUAAGAGGAAAAUUGUUUCGUUAAAAAUGUCGAUGAAGCAAAUCAAGAAUCUAUCAUAUCGACCACAAGAUCUUGUUUAUGACCCAUUGUUUGUUGUUUCUGGUCCUAGAGAUCAUUAUAAAGCAGGAAUAAUUGCUAGAAUGGCAAUGGCAAAAUACCAAGUAUGUCCUGUAUUCUCCACCAUGUUUUCCGAUCUUCCCAGUUAUCCCCGAAAACAACUAGUUCUUCGACAACCGAAGGACAUACCUUCUUACAAAGAGCAGAAGAUGAAGAGCGACCACUAUUUCAAGCAAAUCCACAACAAACCUCAUCCUGUCCAGGGUCACGAUAGACCGAAAUUUUUCAGUGUACCGGUUGUCACCUAUCCCAGUGAGGUCAUACCAUUCCUUCAUUUCCCCGUGUUCACGUUGAAGAAGAUACCAAAGGACUACGGUGAAUACAAGGACAGAGCAGCUGGAGACAAGAUGAACGUAAACAUACAGACCGAUUAUCGUGAAUCGGAGAUGCAAACUUCUCCAUGGCAACCAGAUUACAGGCUGUUCAACAAUGACGGAAGCACUAGUCCACAACUUCUGAAGCUGGACUUUCUGAAAUGGGGAAGUGGUUUACCAGCUGGGAAAAAUGAGGUUGUUCUUAUCGAAAGAGCACGAAUGAAAAGAGCAUGGGAGAAAUACUUACCUCCGCCUACUGAUGAAGCCACUUUGGAGAAAAGAAGAAACAUAAUCGAUGCUAUGGAGAGAGACGAAUGGGCAUUUAGAGAACAGGAAAUCCAUGAAAUCCAGGAGUUACGCAUGAAACUGCUCGAAGAAAUGCUGAACGAACUCCAUCGCAAAUCAAAGGAGAGAAACUAUAUUAAGUUGAAAAACAUAGCCGAGAUAAAGAAGACGGAAACCAACGCCCAGAUUCAGAAGUUGAGGAAGAGAACCGAGCGAGAACUCAGGAAGCUGGAAUUUAAGCACCUGGGUGUGAAGAGCAAGUACCACGCUACUGACGUGGUAGAGGAACAUGCGCAUCCCAAGUCUGAGCUGUACGCCCCGCUUAUGAGACACGGGGAGCAUCCCAUGAGAUGGCACCAGGUCAUGGACGAGAGGCUCAAAUACUAUAAGGCACAGUUUAUAGGAGUCGAAGAAUUCAACACCUUACCAAGAUGGAUUGACAAGGCAACCAUCUUGAAGGACGACUACAAUACCGCCAAAUUGCCGGGCACCCAUAUAUGCAUGAGAGAAACCAAAUGGACUACACCAGUUUUGAAAAAGCUACACGAGGAAUUGAAAAAUUUGCACAAGACGACCAAGAGGAGGUGCACCUUACGAGUUAGGAUCGACAAGUCCAUCUCAGAAGCUUCUACUCCAGAAACAGACGAGUUACCAGACAUGGAGGAAGACAAAUAUCAAGCCCUGAUCACGUUGCAGAGCGUGUUGAAAGGAAGAGCAUCUCAAAUGUUGAUUUAUGAAGGAAGGGAUAAAUGCCGCGAAUUGAUCAAAGAGUUGAAAUACAGCACAGGCUUGUUAGAGGAACAGAGAGAAGUGAUCGGAGAGACCAGAAAGAAAAUCAAACAUCAACAACGAGAAGAAGCCAUACAACGCAAUAGGAUUGAAAAGCUGCAGAAAUCUUUGAACAAACUAGAGGGUAGUGUUGUUGGGUCUCUACUAGACUUCCUAAAUAAGGAACUGAGGCGUCUACUGGAUGAGAGAAGAGCUCACGCCAUCUGCUUCUUGAAUGAAAGAGAGAGAAACGAUAGGGAAGCUGCGGAGGCUGGAAGACGACAGCAAGAGCUCCGUAGAAGGAGGGAACAUGAUGAAAUGUUCAAACAAAUGGUGAAAGUACAUCAGGAUACUGUGGAUUUAUAUCUUCAAGAUAUAAUCACAGAAGGAAUGGACUUUGCCUCAAACGAUGAAGCUACUUCUUAUAUUCAGAAUUUAACGCAUAGAAUUGAACAAAACAUGGCCGCACAACUAGAAAGAUCUAUCGAAGUCAGCGAACAAGAGGAGACUAUAGCAGACUUGGUGCAUCAUUUCGUUCUACCUGAGGUACAAAAACAGAUGGUCAGGGAUAGGAUAAAGCAAAAGCAAACACAAAAACUAAAAGGACUCACCGAUACAAUAUUUGAUGAUCUAAUAGAUACGGUGCCAGCUCCGAAAAAAGAUGGUGGAGCAGAAGAUGACAUUCGCUCUACUGGUUUCAACUUUAAAUACCAAACUGAAGGAGAACUGAUAGAAACAUUAUGGAAAGAUGAUGAGCACCCCACCUUCGUGAGUGGAACGGUUUCGACUGUAAAUGACGAAGAAGAAAAGGACAAGUAUCCAAAACAAGGUGAAUUUAAGGAGGACCAGAUCCAAUUAGGGACAUUUCAAGAUUUAGAAUCCGCAAGUAUCCAAAAGGAAACAGAAGUAAUUUCAGAAAGACUUGAUGAGGACAAUGAAGAAAAAACUCUAAGCAGAGAGAUAGAAGAGACUCUGGAUGACAUGGAGACAAAAAUAGAAGAGGCAGAAAUGGAGAAUAUCAAAAAUCAACAAGAUAUUGGAAGUGUAGAGAAAACCAGAGAACAAGAUGAAAUCGACUGAGGAUAACAAACUAGUGAUAAUACUUUUCUUUUGUCACUUGAAUCAAACAAAUGUAUAAAUUUGUUAUAUAUGGUAUAUAAGAUUUUCAUGUAAUUUGAUAAACAAUUGGGAGUUGAGUCACAAAA